AUGUAUCUUCAAUUCUUAGCGACUCUCGCUCUUCUCGCCACUUUUUCUCAAGCUUGGCCUAUCAGUAUAAAUGCAAGCGGUCGAAUUCUGUGCUUCAACAAACCAUAUGUGACUGAAGUUGAAAUUUGGGACGGAAAUAAAUGUGAGUUUUUGAUCCACUCUCUCUCUCUCUCUCUCCACGUUUACCUCGACAACACCUCAAUUCAUUCAGUUGGCUAUAGCAUAUAUCUCAACAAAACAAUGACAGAUUCAGAGGGUCGUUUCAAUCUGUUUGGUAAAUUUGACAGUUGGGAAUUCACACCGUAUUUUGUCGUUCUGAAUCAUUCGUGUUUUUCUGGUAACUGUCGUUUAGAUAGUGGAUACAAUUUCGGAAAUCUAUUUUCCGGUCAUACUGAAUUUCACAAGAUUGAUUUUGAAUUGGACGAUUUCAAUUUUCGAAGAGAAUGGUACUGUUAA